GCCGCCUUGUGCUCUUCCUCAAGAAAAAGCCCUUCUCCUUCUCUUUUAUCGAUCUCCUUCUCCAUUUAGAUAGGUAGGUAAAGAGAGAUCCAGGGAGAGAGUUUGCGAAGGCUCUGUUAUAGUGGUAGCGGUACUAGCUACUAGCUACUAGCUACUAGUUCAAGCAUGGCCGUGAUGAGCUCGUGCACGGAUUCCAGCUGGUUGGUCUACGCGCUCCCGGCUUUUCUCGGCGCCGACACGCUGCUCUGCGACCGCGGGCUCGUCGUCGUGCUCGCGGUGGCCGCCGCGGCACUGUCCGCGGCGCUGCUCGCGUGGGCGCUGUCCCCGGGCGGGCCCGCGUGGGCGAACAACCGGAGCCGCAAGGGCGCCGUCCCAAUCCCGGGCCCGCGCGGGCUCCCCGUGUUCGGCAGCAUCUUCGCGCUCUCGCGCGGGCUCCCCCACCGCGCCCUCGGCGCCAUGGCCCGCGCCUCCUCCACACAGCUCAUGGCCUUCUCCGUCGGUGCCACCCCGGCCGUGGUCUCGUCGGAGCCCGGCGUCGCCCGCGAGAUCCUCACCCACCCGUCGUUCGCCGACCGCCCCCUGAAGCGCUCGGCCCGCGAGCUCAUGUUCGCCCGCGCCAUCGGCUUCACCCACCUCUUCGCCCCGCGCCGCGUCGCCGCCCACGAGCCGGGCCGCCAGUCGGACUGCGCCGCCAUGCUGGCCGCCGUGUCGGCCGAGCAGUCCCGGUCGGGGUCUGUCGUCCUCCGCCCCCACCUCCAGGGCGCCGCGCUCAACAACAUCAUGGGCAGCGUCUUCGGCAAGCGCUACGACCUCUCCCGCCGCGACCCCGAGGCCGAGCGCCUCAGUAGCAUGGUGCGCGAGGGCUUCGAGCUCCUCGGCGCCUUCAACUGGUCCGACCACCUCCCUUGGCUCGCCCACCUCUACGAUCCCGCCCGCGUCAACCAGCGCUGCGCCGCCCUCGUCCCGCGCGUCCGCCACCUCGUCCGCGCCAUCAUCGCCGACCACAACUCCUCCGCCUCGCCCCCGCAGCUCGGCGACACUGCCGACUUCGUCGACGUGCUCCUCUCCCUCCAGGGCGACGAGAAGCUCGAAGAGGACGACAUGAUCGCGGUUCUCUGGGAAAUGAUCUUCCGCGGGACGGACACGACGGCGCUGCUGACGGAGUGGGCCAUGGCGGAGCUGGUGCUCCACCCGGAGGUCCAAUCGAAGCUCCGCUGCGAGAUCGACGCCGUGGUGGGGCCCGGGCGCCACGUCACCGACGCCGACGUGGCGCGCAUGCCCUACCUGCAGGCCGUGGUGAAGGAGACCCUCCGGUCCCACCCCCCGGGCCCGCUCCUCUCCUGGGCCCGGCUCUCCACGGAGGACGUGCGCCUCGGGAACGGCAUGGUGGUCCCCGCGGGCACCACGGCCAUGGUGAACAUGUGGGCCAUCACCCACGACCCGGCGGUGUGGGCCCGCCCCGAUGAGUUCUCCCCUGAGCGGUUCGUGGAGUCCGAGGGCGGCGCCGACGUGGACGUGCGCGGCGGGGACCUGCGCCUCGCGCCUUUCGGGGCGGGCCGCCGCGUGUGCCCCGGCAAGAACCUCGGGAUCGUCACCGUGGGCCUCUGGGUCGCCAGUCUGGUCCACCACUUCGAGUGGGCCCCCGCCGACGCCGCCCCCGUCGACCUGUCCGAGGUGCUCAAGCUCUCCCUCGAGAUGAAGAACCCGCUCACCGCCGUCGCCGUCCCCCGGAACACCACCGUCGAGGGCUUCUGAAUCACUGGCAAUCAAAUCAAUGUCCGCCGCAACCGACCGCAAUAUUAAUAAACUAUUACUAGCUAGUGUCAGCGAUAAUAAAAGUACUAGGUGAUA